AUGUCGAUGGUUUCCUCAGUCCCCUUUCAGCUCUCCGGCCGGUAUGCCGACCGAAAUCGGUGGGAAGUUCUCAACGGCCCAGGCGACUCGCGUGUGACGGGAAAUCAAAUCAUCCAAGAUGAAGGUCUGGUUGACCAAUGGGGCAGUAAGGUUGUUCUGAUUACCGGCGUUUCAUCUGGAAUUGGUGUUGAGACUGUGCGCGUCUUGGCAUCUACCGGAGCGACCAUCUUUGGCACAGCCCGAAACCUUGAAAAGGCUAAGGAGGCUUUGGGCGAGCUACUCGACACUGGGCGUGUCAAGGUUCUUUUUAUGGACCAGACAGAUCUUUCGAGCGUUCGGGCAUGUGCUCAGGAGUUUCUUAAACAAAGCUCUAAGCUCAAUAUCAUCAUCAACAAUGCGGCGGUGAUGAAAACCCCGGAAGCCCGUACGAAAGAUGGCUUUGAGCUACAGUUCGGAACAAACCACCUCUCUCAUUUUCUCCUCUUCUAUCUCCUGAAAGAUACUUUGCUGGAAACCUCGACGCCUACGUUCCAUUCCCGUGUUGUCAGCGUUUCCUCGGCCGGCCACCGUUAUAGUCCUAUUGAUCUGGACAAUGUUAACUUUGAAGGAAACUAUAAUGGUUGGCUUGCUUAUGGAUCUAGUAAGACGGCCAAUAUAUAUAUGACUACCCAAAUCGAGCGCUUAUUCGGAGCUCAAGGUCUUCAUGGCUAUAGUGUACAUCCAGGAGCCUUCAUCAGCCCUAACCUCCAGAAACACUCCGAGGAAGAAAUGAAAGCAGUGAUGCAGGACAAGCGCGCCCUAGCGUAUUUAUCUAGUCUCGGACAGGCUUGCGCAACGACUAUCUAUGGCUCUGUGUCGAGCGAACUAGAAGGGAAAGGCGGAUUUUACUUGGAAGGAGCAUCUAUGGUAGCUCAUCCGACUCCUUCUGGUGGGGAUGCACUUGAAUAUGGAUACGGCAGUUGGGCAUUUCAUGAGGUAAAGGAAACAAAGUUGUGGAAGCUCAGCAAGUCGUGGGUAGGAGUUGAGUAG